AUGGAGCGAAAAGCACUGCUGACCACGGUUGCGAAACCUGAGCAGGCUAAAGUUCGGCUAUUUCCAAAAAUACUCCCAAGGGACCGCUUUGCGAAUCUCGCAGAUGGCUCUCUUGUCAUCCUCACACUUAAAGUUGGCGCGAAUACACCAAAGUUUAAACUGCACGAAAAUCGUGACACCAGGUCAGAGUUGGUCCAUCUGCUCUUCAGCGUUGCAAAAGUACCAUACGAAUCCUUUGAUUAUGCAGAUGACAACACAGAAGCUCUUCAAAAUUCUCCAUUGAAAGAGUUACCGCUACUGGAAAUUGACGGAGUUGCCAUAAGCGGUGAGAUGGCGAUAUGCAGGCAGUUAGGGUGGAGGUUUGGUAAGCAGUUUUGUCAUUGAUU